AUGAGCAAUUUCUGGAUUUUACUUUUCGUCUUCAGCACCAUGUACACAGUCCAUCCUGGGAGACACUGCGUUACUGCACAAUCUCCAACAAAGCCACAAGUUUAUCAGCCUGAUAAAGAGCUCAGUGUGAAUAUCGGAGACUCGGCGACUCUACAGUGUUGUGUUUCUGAAAAUGUAUAUAUAAUUACAUGGUAUAAGCAACCAAACAGAGAAAAACCUCAGAUUGUAGUCACAGUGUAUAAAAGUGGUGGAGAAACUUUUCACACUGGAUUCCAAAAGUCUCGUUUUCAAAUAGAAAGAUCUUUAAACUGCUUCAAUAUGAUAAUUUUAAACAUCACUCAGUCUGAUGAAGCCAUGUACUACUGUGCAGUGAGGACAUCCAUCACUGUGUUUGGAGAUGGAACUUAUUUACAAAUUAAAGGUGAUCAUGUUACUAUUGCAUCAGAAACAUCUAAAGCAGCUCUGUGUGAUCAUUCAGUGGUGUGUGAACCAACACUGCAUGGAAACAACACUAACACCAACACACAACACAACACAGUGAUCGGUUUGGGAUCGGCUUUGGGUUUGUGCGCACUUCUGAUUUUCCUUCUCACUUAUUACAUACUGAGGAGAAGAAAACCUAAAACCUCUAGAUCUAACACUUCAGUAGAAGAUUCUCCAGGAGCGAUGCUGAUUACAAACCACUCCACGGACGAUACCAGUGACACGACCCUUCAUCUGGUCCUCAUCCACCUGGACAAUAAAAACACAUAUGUACGAAUGCUGUUCAUUGACUUCAGUUCAGAAUUCAACACAAUCAUCCCUCAACACCUGACUGAGAAGCUGAGCCUGCUGGGCCUGAACACCUCCAUCUCCACAUGGGUCCUGGACUUCCUGACUGGGAGACAUCAGUUAAUCAGGAUCAGGAACAGCAUCUCCAUCACAACACUGAACACUGGGGAUCCACAGGGCUGCGUGCUCAGCUCACUGCUGUUCACUUUGCUGACUCACGACCCACAUCAUCAAGCUCACCGAUGA